GGCCGGCCCGCCCCUCCCAGUGCAGCGCUACGGGAGCGAAGACGACGCCUGCGCAGUGAGGCCGCGGGGGCCGGCGCCGUCUUCGGAGCCGCCCACCAGGCCGUCGGCGCGAUGGCGGAGGAGGUGAAAAGUCUGAUGAAGGCCACGGUCCUGAUGCGGCAGCCCGGGCGGGUGCAGGAAAUCGUGGGCGCCCUUCGCAGGGGCGGAGGAGACCGCCUGCAGGUGAUUUCUGAUUUUGACAUGACCUUGAGCAGAUUUGCUUACAAUGGACAGCGAUGCCCCUCUUCGCACAAUAUUCUGGAUAACAGCAAAAUCAUCAGUGAGGAUGGUCGCAAAGAGCUCGCCGCGCUCUUUCACCAGUAUUAUCCCAUUGAGAUCGACCCGCACCGGACCAUCAAAGAGAAGUUGCCUCAUAUGGUGCAGUGGUGGUCCAAAGCCCACAAUCUCCUGUGCCAGCAGAGGAUACAGAAGUCCCAGCUAGCGCAGGUGGUUGGAGAGUCCACCGCAAUGCUCAGGGAGGGAUAUAAGACGUUCUUCGAUACACUCUACCAAAACAACAUUCCUCUUUUCAUCUUUUCGGCGGGCAUUGGUGAUAUCCUGGAGGAAAUUAUCCGGCAGAUGAAAGUGUUCCACCCCAACAUCCACAUUGUGUCCAACUACAUGGAUUUCAAUGAGGAUGGUAUCCUGCAAGGCUUCAAGGGCCAGCUCAUCCACACCUACAACAAGAAUAGCUCCGUGUGUGAGAACUCCAGUUACUUCCAGAAGCUUCAGGACAAAACCAACAUCCUCCUGCUUGGAGACUCCAUGGGGGACCUCACUAUGGCUGAUGGAGUUCCUGGGGUGCAGAACAUUCUCAAGAUUGGCUUCCUAAAUGACAAGGUGGAAGAGCGGCGGGAACGGUACAUGGAUUCCUACGACAUUGUGUUGGAGAAGGACGAGACCCUGGACGUGGUCAAUGGGCUGCUGCAGCACAUCCUGCUUCAGGGGGACUGCAUGGAGAUACAGGGCUCCUAAGCACAAAGGCUCAGGCCAGGCCCUACAGGCAGUGAUGAGGAGGAAUGCCUGCCCAUGAAGCCUCCUCUGUGAGCGGUGGCCAAGAGCUGCUGGGCCCUCCUCACCCGACUCCUUCUCCAGGCCUUUCUUUCCUCCUGCUAGGAAGAGGCCUGAGGGAGGCCCUGCCUAUGGCUGGGCAGCAAGCGUGCUCUGUGGCCCACAGCAUGUUAGCCUUCUACAGACCAUCUAGUCCAAGGGCUCUUCCUAAGAAAGUCUUCAGAGCUGGGAAUACAGAUCGCUCAGUGGUGAAGCACCUGUAUAGCAUGUGGCGGGCCCUGGGUCCCUUCCCCGGCACUGUAAGAAAAGAAAAAGUAAAGCUGUACAUCAGACAAAUAUAAUGUGUGAGUCAGAUGAAAAUUAACAAAAAAACAGUUGUUCCAACUCACGGUGUGAGAGCUGGGUGUGCAGCCUGAGCCUUGGCCCUCAAGGCACAAGAACCUGUAGGAGACCUCUGGAACUCCACAGAACAAAGUUGAGAACAUUGGGAAAGCUUAGAAAUCCCAUGUGAGUACAGUCUGAGUGUGCCUACAGCCUGAAUCUGCCCCUCAUGAGGCCACAGCUACUGCCUGGCCUGUCCCCUUUCUGCCCUUGCCCUUGGGUUAAGUGUUAUUCUGGGCUGGGGAGAUGGCUUAGCCAAUAACAAGUCCCGGAGUUUGAUCCUCAGAAGCCAUGUAACAAGCAGCAUGGCCCAGCAUGUACCUGUAAUCUCAGCUCUGGUUUGUGAACCAACUGGUCUGCCUGAUUUUUGACCUUCAAGUUCCGUGAGAGACCCUGUCUGAAAAAAUCAGGUGUAUGUAAGGGGCUGAAGAGAUACCUCAGCAUCCCAGUGUGGUGGUGCAUUAUCAGAAUUUUCCCCGGGGCCUGCUCUGAGAAGAUUCCUCCCAGAGUCCUGGAGAAGACUUUACUGCCAGAGGGGAAUAGGGGAUGGGUGUUUGUGAGGGAGAAGAAUCUAAGUACAUCAGGCUCUUUUGUCCAUCCACUUUAUUUAUCUAAGACAAGAUUCUGUCUAUACAGCUUCAGUUCUGUUCUGACACUCAGUUCCUCUCUGUCCCUUUUCUGUCCUCCCAUAGCCCUGCUAAUUACUAAGUUCUCGUGCUCUCAACCUCAUCCUCAUCCUCCAUUCCUUCGUCCUCCAUCUUCCCUUCCUCUUCUGUGCUGACUCAUCCAAAAACUCUGCCGCUCUCCCUUCUGCUACUCAACUCUGCCCAGAGACCAGAAAAUUCUGCUGCAGCCUUCACUCCACCUGGUUAUGAAAAAAACCUUUUGUCCUGAGUCACUAGGCCUGAAGGAAAGGGAUGGUCUGAGCUUCAUUUGCACAAGAAACAAAGCUGUGCAUCUACAACCCACCUGUUCCUAGGUUCUGUAGGGGUGUUACCUAGUGGAUCAGCAGUAGGUCUGACAAGUUUAUGCUGUUUGCCAUAUGGCCUAGUAGUAUGUGAGCACACAAGAAAUUCAUAGCAGAAGAUAGCUGAUAUAGUAAAAGCUGAAUAACACGAGUAUUCUCUGAUACAUGGCUUCCCUCUAGAGAGAUUCCUUGACCUUUCUAGGUACAGCUUUAUUAUAACAGCUGAAUCUCUAAUAUAUUCUUGUGGCUUACAGCAGUGCAUGCCUUGAAUCCUAGCAUUUAGGAGUGAGGGGCAGGUGGCUCUCAAGGCCAACCUCAUCUUCUUAGCAAGUUCUAGGACAGCUUAGAAAACAGACCUGUCUCAAAAAAGUGCA